AUGCAGUGUGAUAACCAGCUUCCCGCCCUCUCUUGUGUGAGCGCUGCUCGCUGUGGGUGUCAGGAUGGUGACCAAAGCAUUUCUUGUCCCUUCUCUCUGAGGGCCCAGAUUUACCUGGGGGUGCCCCUGCUCCUUACUGAAAGGAGUUGGGUCCUUCGUUUCUGCCACCCUUUGAGCACAGGAGGGCCCCGCCGCCCCGGGAGAAGACACUUCGUCCCGCUCACCUUCCUGGCAGGCCCCAGCAGGCUGGGGCUUGAGCUCCUGGCCCCAGGGGGGCUCAAAGAGACAGGGGCAGCCCCUGACCAAAGACAGCACGUGGCAGGCACUUUAGAGCACUCACCGCAGGUGCGGGCUCCUGCUCCGCGAUGGUGCUGCGUUGUGUAG